GUCCCAGAAGGCGCCGCGCUCUCAAGAUGGCGGCCGACGUGCCCGUUACUCAUCGGCCCCCGCCGAGCCCCGAGGCCGGCGCCGAGCUGGACGCCGACGAGUCGGCCGCCGAGCGCCGGGCGCCCGAGGAGGAACUGCCGCCGCUCGAUGCCGAGGAGAUCCGGAAGCGCCUGGAACACACCGAGCGCCAGUUCCGGAACCGUCGCAAGAUACGGAUCCGGGGCCUCCCGGGGGACGUGACCAACCAGGAAGUGCACGAUCUACUAAGCGACUUUGAACUCAAGUACUGUUUUGUGGACAAAUACAAGGGAACAGCCUUCGUGACCCUGCUGAAUGCGGAGCAGGCAGAGGCGGCCAUCAGCGCCUUCCACCAGAGCCGCCUGCGGGACAGCGAGCUAAGCGUGCAGCUGCAGCCGGCGGACGCGCUGUUGUGUGUGGCCAACCUGCCGCCCAGCCUCACGCAGCAGCAGUUUGAAGAGCUGGUGCGGCCCUUCGGCAGCCUGGAGCGCUGCUUCCUGGUGUACAGCGAGCGGACGGGCCAUUCCAAGGGCUACGGCUUCGCCGAGUACAUGAAGAAGGACUCGGCGGCGCGUGCCAAGUCCGACCUGCUGGGCCGCCGCCUGGGCCGCCGUACCCUCUACGUGCACUGGAGCGACGCGGCCCAGCUCACGCCCGCGCUGCUGCACUCGCGCUGCCUCUGUGUGGACCACCUGCCUGCCGGCUUCAGUGACAUUGAGGCCCUGCGCCGGGCGCUCUCAGCCGUGCACACGCCCACCUUCUGCCAGCUCGCCUAUGGCCAGGAUGGGCAGCUGAAGGGUUUUGCGGUGCUGGAGUUCGAGACAGCGGCCAUGGCCGAGGAGGCUCAGCAGCAGGCAGAUGGCCUGGCGCUGGGAGGCGGCCACUUGCGAGUGUCCUUCUGUGCCCCGGGCCCCCCAGGCCGCAGCAUGCUGGCAGCGCUCAUUGCUGCCCAGGCUACGGCGCUGAACCGGGGCAAGGGGCUCCUUCCUGACCCCAACCUUUUGCAGCUGCUCAAGAACCUGAGCCCCUCAGCCUCGCUGCAGCUGCUGCUGAACCCCCUGCUGCAGGGCGGUGCAGGGGGUAAGCAGGGCCUCCUGGGUGCACCCCCCACUGUGCCGCUGCUCAACAGCCCCGCACUGUCGACAGCUCUGCUGCAGCUGGCCCUGCAGGCCCAGAGCCAGAAGAAGCCGGGGAUCCUGGGAGAUUCACCUCUUGGCUCCCUCCAGCCCGGGGCCCCACCGGCACCCCCACUCCUGGGCGAUGUCCCUGCAGGGGGGGGCCUGUCCCCCAAGCUGUCAAGGCGAGGAGGCAAACCGCCACCCCUGCUGCCACCUCUGCUUGGCCCCUCCGGGGCUGACCGGGACGGUCUGGGCCUGGGCCCCCCAAGCACCCAGCUCACUCCACCCCCUGCCCCGAUGGGGGUUCGGGGCUCCAGCCUCCGAGGUGUCCAGAAAGACAGCACGCCUCUACCGACUCCUUCUGGGGUGUCCCUGCUGGGGGAGCCCCCUAAGGACUUUAGGAUCCCCCUGAACCCCUACCUGAACCUACAGAGCCUGCUCCCAGCCAGCAGCCUGGCGGGUAAGGAGGCCCAGGGCUGGGGGGGCCCUGGGAGAAGUGGCCGUGCAGCCGAGGGGCCCCCUCCCAACCUUGCAGCCCCAGGCAGCAGCGGUAGCAAGGCCUUCCCUCUGCGGGGCCGCCUGCACCCCGAGCCGUGCCUGCCCGACAGCUUCGGCAUCGACUACACCCCAGAUGUGGCGCCCCGGCGACUUUUUUCUCACUCACGGGAGCCGGUUCCUGGCCCCCCUGGGCACAGCCGCCUCAAAAUGUCACCCCCACACAGUGGCUUCAGCGAACGGAGCUCUGGGGGCCCCCUCCCUCAUUUCUACUCGGGUUCCCCCACGUCCUACUUCACCAGUGGCCUGCAGGCUGGUCUCAGGCAGAGCAACCUGAACAAGGCCGUGGGCUCCUCCCCGCUGGGCACGGGUGAAGCACUCCUGGGGAUCAGCCCUGGGCACAAUGGCCACAGCCAUCUGCUGAAGACCCCACUGGGUGGCCAGAAACGCAGCUUCUCUCACCUUCUGCCAUCGCCAGAGCCCAGCCCUGAGGGCAGCUACGUGGGCCAGCAUUCGCAGGGCCUGGGCGGCCACUAUGCCGACUCCUACCUGAAGCGCAAGAGGAUUUUCUGAGCUGCUGGCUCCCCACAGAGCUCUGCUUUGGGGGUUUCUGGGCUUGCAUUUGGGGAUUUUAUUUUAUUUUUCAUUUUUAAAUCAUUCCUCCUGGCGCUAAUAGAAGACCCAGAAAAGACUGACCGAACAUUGUGGAGCCCCAGGAUUGCAGGGGCACCCAGCUUCCCCCUGCAGCCUUAGUGGGGAGGGGCCCGGUGCGUGCUCUGCCCUCCCCCUGCAUCUGCUUGUGUAUGUCCGUCUGUCUCCCAUCCGUCUGGCCAUCUGUCCAGGAGUCUUUGCCUGCUCAUUACUCCUGUCUCUUGGCCUUUCGAGUGCCUUGGAGGUUUCCCCUGACCUCCCGUGAGGAUCAGAGACUGUGUCCCCCCCCCACACACACACACACUUUUUUAACUUU